UCGAGAGGAAAUAAUGUUUUAGAAUAUAUAUUUCUCCAGCCUCAUAUCUACCAGCUCUAUCAUUGAAGCGCAGAGGGUGUGUGAGGGUGUGACGUAGGGCACAGAGAGAAUGCGCAUGCGUGAGAGAUCCCCAGCCAUGAGCGCUUCCUCACAUCUCAAGACGCGUCUCUUCUCGUCUCUCCAGGUAGCAGCUGAAUUACACCACAGCCAGCAGCAUGGGAGGCUAGUACCCGUAGCCGGGGCAUCUACUCACUGAAGGACCGAAGGGCCAGUCUGACCCCUACCGCCCCCCUUCAGCCCGGCCAACGCGUCCGUCCGUCCCCGCCGCCCUCACCAUGUCUGAGGAGGACCGCGGCCCCUUCGUGGACUGGGCCCUGCUGGGCGAGACCCCCGAGGCCGGCGCGCCCGCCAAGCUGGACCUGAAGGACCUGAAGCAGCAGGCGCGGCAGGGCCAGUGGUCCCGGAGCCACGCGCUGCGCUGCCAGGCCUACCGCCACCUCAUCGGGGCCGUGCCCUGCCGCGCCGUCACGUCGGACGCCGCCGUGUACCGCGACCUCAUGGCCGGCGCCGCCCAGAAGCCCGCCUCCGCCUUCCCCCUGCCCGACUUUGUGGACGACAGCCCCGUGCCGCGCUACGCCCUGCGGGCGGAGGCGGUGGCGUCGGUGCACCGCGUGCUCUCCUGCGUGGCGGGCCAGUUCCCCGACAUCUCGCACUGCCCCACGCUGCCCGCCGUGGCGGCGCUGCUGCUGCACUUCAGCGGCGACGAGGCGGCGUGCUUCGAGCUGACGGGCCGCCUGCUGGCGUGCAACGACCCCGGCCGCCGCUUGCUGGACCAGACCUACCUGGCCUACCGCUCGUCCUGCAUGACCUUCGGCGACCUGGCCACCAAGCACUGCCCGGCCGCGCACAAGCUGGUGGUGGGCGCGGCGCGCGACGCGCCCGAGGUGUACGGCGACUGGCAGCGCUGGGUGCUGGGCGACCUGCCGUUCGGCCACGCGGCCCGCGUGCUGGACGUGUUCCUGGUGGAGGGCUACAAGGUGCUGUACCGCGUGGCCCUGGCGCUCCUCAAGCUCUACCGCAAGCACAAGGCCGGGGCGGCGGCGGGGGGCGGGGCGCAGCCGGCGCCGCCGCCGCCGCAGCAGGAGGCGGCGGCGGCGGUGCGGGAGGACAUCCAGGCCUUCGUGAGGAACAUCGGCGCGGCGGCGACGCCGGAGAAGCUGCUGGAGAAGGCCUUCUCCAUCCGCCUGUUCAGCCGCAAGGAGAUCGCCCUGCUGCAGGCGGCCAACGAGAGGUCGCUGCAGCAGAAGGGCAUCACCGUCAAGCAGAAACGGUACCAGCGUAACGUGCAGCUGUCCCUGAACCCCGACACCUUCUCCUCUGAGAUCUUCACUGCCAAGGAGAUGCGCGAUGUCUGGGCGUGGAUCCCUGAACGCUUCGCCCUGUGCCAACCUCAGCUCGUCUUCACCACCGCCACGCACGGCUGCAGCCUCAACCGGUUCUACUCCCACUGCGAGGGCUAUGAACCCACCCUGCUCCUAAUCCGAACCACAGCCGGAGAGGUGUGCGGAGCGUUCCUCUCCACUGAUUGGGAGGAGCGUAAGAGAGGAGGGAACAAGCUGAGCUUCUUCGGGACGGGGGAGUGCUUUGUCUUCAGGAUGAAGCCCGAGAUGGAGCGCUAUGAGUGGGUGGUGAUCCGCCAUCCUGAGCUGGCCUCCGCAGUCAAGACGGGCGGCCAGGAGGGGUCGGGCGAGGUCGGGGGUCAGAACUCAGACGGCAGCAGCAGCCUGCAACAGCCCGAGAGGCCAGCGGGGGAGCUGUCCCCCUUCCUCGCUGCUCGCCACUUCAACCUCAACUCCCGGAACACGUCCAUGUUCAUGGCCGGGAGCUUUGACUCCAUCAUCGUAGGAGGGGGCGAGGGCAACGCGCUCUACAUCGACUCUGAGCUGAACCACGGACGCACGGGCAGCUGCACCACCUUCGACAACCCCCCGCUGUGCUCAGAGAGCUUCCAGGUGGCUCUGCUCGAGGUCUGGGGCUUCCAGGACACCAUGGCCCCCGAAUAAACACACACGCACACGCACACACACACACAGUUAAAUAACGGUGAGGGCUUUCCACAACAGUCAAAUACCUACUGCUCUUACGAUUAUUCAAAACAUGUAUCUUCAUUUACAUACCUACAAUUCAAAUCAUUGAAGAACUUUAAUACGUGUUAUAUGUAUUCACUCACAACGCAAGACGUCCAUGGAAAAACCGUCCAAACCAUAGUAACCAAACCAACAUCCGUCCCACAUAAUACGUUUUAAAACAUUGUUUGCUAUUAUUUAUUAUUGGAGUACAUUUUAAAAGAAAUUAAUGUUUUUGUAUAACCAUAUAUGUUUUAACAUUGUGUGCAUAUUGUUUCGGUGUCGUGGCACUGGCAUUUACAAGUAUUGAUGUAGUUGCAUAAAACUACGUACUAUACUAAUAAUACUCCGUAAACCAUUAUUCAGCCACUGUUGAUUUGCUGUUUCUGUGUUUCAUGUCAGGUUGUGAUAUGCACUAGCACUGAGCUUGCAUAACGUUCGAGAAGGAAAGGGUGUGCAGUCUGACUAAUGCCAUUAACAAAUGCUACCAUCCUGGAGCUAAGUGUUGUGGUCUUCUAGGGUUGGGUUUGGUGGGUGGGUCUGAUGGGAAGGGCAUUGCUGUGAGAACCCAGGAUGGCUAGGUGGUCUGCUUUCAUUUCAUCAUGUGGUUGGUUAUCCAACUACCCAGACUACAGCUCUGUGCAGGAACACCUAGCUAGCUGAAGCUUUGUACCUGUGUUGUAAGGAGACACACGACUCCCUCUGCAGUACCUAACCUGCGUAGGUUGAGACAAUAGGCAAAUUUGUUUUCAUCAAAAUAAUGUUUCCCAACAGCAGCAAUCAAGUAGAUGAACCAUCGGGGAGGAUGUGUGGUGAUGCUGGUUUCACCGUGCACAUUUAUUUCUUAAUGCACAACAGGUGUGCAGCCUGCUGAAGGCUGCUGAAACCAGCCGUCAUCCACACACUCCACAACCAUGAACAUAAGUGACAUCACAAGUGGGCGUGUUCACCCAGAGAUACCAGCCUACCCAGUAGGCUGAUCUCUCCAUCAUCCAUCUGCGUGGACACUCUCACUUGUGGCUUUAGGGUCGCUUGAAAUGGCUUUUAAUGGCUAAUCACCAUCACACCUAAUAGUAAAGGGGCCCUUUGAUCAUCAAUCACUUUCCCAGUUGUGUGUUGGUCGUCGAUGGUGAUGCGCGAUGCAUGGGCGGUAUCACGUGUGCUUUCUGCUAAUACUGCUACUUAGUGGUUGGUUAAGCCGUUGGAAUGAGAGACCAGAGGGAACUGGUCUAGUAGUAGGGAUCAGGUGCACGCCCACGUGUGUGUCUGAACCGUCUCUCUGGGGAGAUCCUUGAAGUGGAUUUGGUGCUUUGUUUUUGUGUUCAUAUUGAAUAUCGUUGAAUAUCACUUGUUCUCCCUGCAGCAAGUGUGGGUUCCGUGCUCCCGGUUGUGAAGUGUGUGGGGUAUGUCUAGUUGUUGUGAGGGCGGUUGUGUGAAAAAUGUGUGUGAUUUGUACUGAAAGUGUAAGAAUUUGGAUUACCUCUGUAUUUCAAAUCCAAAGGGAUUUAUAUUCUCUGACUAUUGCACUGUAUAUCUCUGUCUCUAGCCAUCUCUCUGUUAUCUGCCACUCUUGGUCACCUCUCUUUCCUUCUCCCUCUAUCGGGCUCUGAGUCCCGCUAGAUUUCUGUCUCUCUUCUUCCAUCCUCUCAGCUAGUGCGAACCUAUCCGUCCAAAUGUUUUGGAGAAGUCCUCGGCCAUGGUGUGGCCGUUGAACAUCACCGCCAUCCGCAAAACUCCUAUGUAUUGUACAUGUAUUGUACAUGUGCUGCAGUCCUAAUACUAUCCCUCCAGUAAACCUAAAGUCCCUGAUCCCUGCUAGUAGUGUUUGUUGUGUAGAUGUUGAGGACCUUACUCCGCCGUCUCAGCCACGAGAUAUGGAAACACUUUCACAGUUUGGUAGAAGGAUUGUCUACCAAUAUGUCGACCUGACCUUUGAGCCUCUCUACCACCCAACUUCUUCCUCUGUGCUACAGUUAAGUCAAGGAGGUAUAAAGUAUGGAUAUAAAUGUUGGAUGUACUGAUAAUGACAUAUAUGUGUAUAAAGUGAAUACGUCAAUACUGAGAACCUUACCUUGUCAAUACAGAGCUGUUUCCAAAUAAAGGUGGUAUCGGAGA